AUGUCGGAUGUCACCCAGAUUGCAGGACCGUUCGCCGUACGUUUCCUGCCAAGAUUCAGGCAUAAACCACGAGUGGCACAAGAAAAGAAACAACAAGUUCGCGAAAUAGCUGUCGUACGGCCGCAUGAUCUCACCACGGUACACGAUUUCUUAGCAGCCCUUAUCUCCAGAGAGCAAGUCGUGCAGAAUAGGCCUCUGAUAGCAUGGGAGUCGGUGAAGAAGCGCUACCAUACCAUGAUGACGGAAUCGAGUAGCCCAGAUAAAGAUCUGCAUGACCAAUACCAUAUCGAUUUAGGCUUUUUCAAAGAAGUUAUGGACGAGCAAGUUCUUGAAGUGUGGACGGGGCAGAAGUCUGUCAUUGACGUCCUGUCCUUGCCUGAAUUUAGCGACAUGAAUUGUGUGCGGGAGCCGAAUCCUCCAUAUGAUCUAAUGAUAAUGAUGAACGCCAGAGAAAGUCAGUUUUCACCGAAUCUAUUCAAGUACGCGCCGCCGUUGUAUUUCAGACCAUCAGCGAUGUAG